UAUAAGAUGUGAUCAUAUUCCAUGGCAGACACACCUGGGGAUAAGAUACUGGGGGACCCUCGGGCAGAGCCGGGGACAGAGACCAGCCUGGUGUGAAUGGGAGUAACCCGCUCUGAGGUGCGGGCAGAAGUUGGUUUCCUGGUGUAUUAAACAACCCUAGCCAGAACCAUCUCUGCACCCAGAGCUUCCUGGGGAGGGCAGGGGCUGCUGCAGCUUGCUGGAGCCGACAUGGCCUCACAGACCAGUGAGGGCGUCAUCAAGCUGUCAAGGGAGGAGCUGGAGGCCCUGAAAGCUGCCUUUGAGGAGGGGAACCUUGCUGGAGUGGCCUCCAGGCUGCAGGAGAUGCUGGAGUCGCUGGAGACCGUCCAGCUGGAUGUGGGCAUCACGGGCGAGACCGGCUCUGGGAAGUCAUCCUUUGUCAACGCUCUGCGGGGCCUGGAUGAUGAAGAUGCAGGUGCUGCCCGCACCGGUGUGGUGGAGACCACCAGGGAGCCGACUCCAUACCAGCAUCCCCAGUACCACAACGUGACCAUCUGGGACCUACCGGGGAUUGGCACACCCAAUUUCCACCCCAAUGCCUACCUGGAGCAGGUUGGCUUCUCGCGCUAUGACAUCUUCUUCAUCAUCGCCUCGCAGCGCUUCACCGCCAACCACGCGGCUCUGGCCCGCCACAUCCAGGCCGUGGACAAGAGUUUCUACUUCGUCCGCUCCAAGGUGGAUGUAGACCUGGAUUCCUCCCUCAGGCGCCGGCCAUCCAGCUACAGCGAGGUGGGGGUAUUGCAGGAGAUCCGGCAGAAUUGCCUGGAGGGUCUGCGGGCCCAAGGCAUCCACUCGCCCCAGGUCUUCCUCCUCUCGGCCUUUGAUCUCAGCAAGUACGACUUCCACCUCCUGGGGGAGACACUGGAGAGGGAGCUGAACCACCACAAGCGGCACGCCUUCCUGAUGGCCCUGCCCAACAUCUCCCUGCACAUCCUGGAGAAGAAGAAGGCUGCCAUGCUGAAACAGAUGUGGCUGGUCUCUACCGUGGCCUGUGGUGUCCACACCGCGCCCAUCCCAGGGCUCCUGAUCUCCUGCGAUGUGGACAUCCUGGCCAGGACCCUGCAAGGUUACUGCAAGAGCUUUGGCCUGGAUGAUGACUCUCUGGAGAAGCUGGCAGCAGAAGUGGGGCAGCCGGUGGGACAGAUGAAGGCUGUUAUCAAGGCACCACUGGCCAAGGAGAUCUCCAACAGUCUGGUGGUGCAGCUGCUGAUACAGGCAGGUGGCAAGGUGCCAAAGCUAUCCAAGGAGGUGCUGCGCUCUGUCCCUGUGCUGGGCUCCAUGGCAUCUGGAGCACUAUCUUUUGCCACCACUUACAAGAUGCUGAGGAGUUUCAUGGAUGAGGUGACUGCCAGUGUCCAGAGGGUGCUGAUCAAAGCCUUCGAGGUGGAUGCUGAGAAAUGAGCCAGAGAGGAGGAGAGAGAAAGAUCAAGACACCUUCUCUAUGGAGGGAAAGUGGAGACAGGAUCCCAACAUCCCCAGGAAAUCCCCUGAGCUUCCUACCAAAUGUCAGAAUUUCAUUCCCUAGCUGGAUAGAAAAUACAGCAAUGAAUUUCUAAAGGUUCUGUUGCAGUUACUUUGCUUUUUAAACCUCAAAUAUCAGAUCUGGUUCUGCUCUCACUGACACUGGUGCAAACCGUAAAUCCAUUGUAAACAUGUUGUCACAAACUGGGGGUAUCGCCACUACCAGUAAACACCUAAUUGUAAAAUAGGCAAAACUCGGUUGUAAAUACUCCACUGUAAACCAGGGGUAACUCUGGUGUAACCUGGGAAGAACUCCACUGUACAUACAUAGUUUAAAGCGGUGAGGA